ACCUCCUUCCCCUGAGCUGAAGGACUGCCUGGAUCCCCGGACGUGGCCCAGGGUUGGACAGGAGGGAGAGAUGGCCUGCAUCACUGCAUCUGCUGUUCUUUGGAGGAAGAUGGCAGAGCGGCAGUCAUGGACCCCCAUGCCUCCUGUCCCCGAGUUGGUCGCUCGUGGCUCGCCCAUCCUGGUGGAGCCUGCGCCUCCUUCCCCUUGGUGGACGUCGCCACCUGCCCUGGUGACGAGGCCAGACCCCCUGCCCCGUCGGCGCCCAGAUCCCCGGAGGUGGACCACGGUUGGACGGGAGGGAAAGGCUGGAACACAGCCGGUGCUACAGUCCCUUCCCAUCCCGUCCAACCCUGUGUGGUUCAGCAGUCCUAUGUUGGAUGCCAUGGAGGAGUUCGCUCCUUCCUCUGACUCCGACUGCACUGCUGUCCCACCACCUGGCCAGGCUUCUCCUGGGAGGUGUCGUCGGAGACCUGUGGCCGUCAAGCGCGCCGGACGGAGGGACUUCACUCCUUCCUCUGACUCCGACUGCAUUGCUGUCCCACCACCUGGCCAGGCUUCUCCUGGGAUGCGUCGUCGGAGACCUGUGGCCGUCAGGCGCGCCGGACGGAGGGAGCAGGUUGGUGUCACCGUUUUUCCCUUACAUUUUCAGGUGCCUGCGGUCUGUGGGGAGCCAACGGUCAUCAGGGAGGAGCCUGCUGUCCAGGAGGAAACCCAGGUGCCGCUGCAGGUCUCCACAGAUAAGCUUGCUUCUUUUCCUCUACCUAGUGAUAGUGGUACUGUUAGUGUUAGUGAACCUCAGUCCGUCUGUGGUCGUGUGGCAACGGUCGCGAGGGAUUGUCGGGGAAUUAGGUUAACUAAGGUUGUGCGCGGAUCUUUUCACCAGGGGGAUAGCAGGUUUAGUUACGGAGGGAUGCAGUGCAUGGCCAUUGCUGCAAAUAGUAUAGCUAAGCAUGUGGUGAAAAGCGUGUUUUCGUGGGAGACACGGGAGCUCGAUCGCAUUCUGUAUUCCGGCGAUGAAUUAUACAGUAGUUUGCGCAACCUGGGUAUUUUUAGCCAUCCGUCGCAUUUUUUGUCCGUGCCGGAUCUACCUAGUAAUGUAGUUAUUGACGAGCAGUUCUUUAGUUUUCAUUUUAGUCAACACCCAGCAUCUGGUGCUGUGGGUGUUGAGCAGGAAAACGGUCCCUUUGUGACUCUGCGUAAUGGAUUAGAGGGAAUUUUCAGGCAGUACAGCACGUGUCUGCUGACACUGGUAACGUCUACAUCUGCCAUCAUCUGUGAGGAUGGACAGUUCGCUGUGGUCGACAGUCACUCACGUAGUACCUGUGGCCUGGUAGAUCACAACGGUACCAGUGUAAUACUGCACUUUUCCUGUUUAGAUGACCUGCAUCACUACAUCUGUUGUUUGGCUGACGCUCUCAGUCCAGGGCUGAAGCCUUUUGAGCUGUGUGGCGUUAGGGUUAGUGUAGGUGCAAGUCCAGCGUUGUCUGGAGCUUCUAUAGACAGUUGCAUCUUUGAGAUGAACACUGCUACAGCACCUGAGCUUAGUGACAUCAAAGAUGUUUGUGCCACCACCUCCUUGUUUGAGAGUGAUGCAGGUCCAGCUGUGAGCCACGCACAAUCCGGUGUUUCUGUGGAGAGUGGCUUCAUAGAGAUGAGCACUGCUUCGGCACCAGGAUUUAGUGACCUUGCAAAAAAUUCUGCAGCCCCAUCUGUGUGUCAGAGUGGGGCUGGUGUUGAAGCGAGCCCAGCACUGUCUGGCGCUUCUGUUCUCACUUUUUUAAGUGAAGUUAGCAGUGGCUCAACAGCAGAAUUUGUUGCCACUGAUGGCAAAAAGCGUAAGAUUUUUUCCCGUGAACGCAUGUCUAAACAAUCCAAGCGUUUUGAUAGCGAUAUUGACAACUCUGAUGUAGUGUUUAUCACUGCAUCUGAGAGUGGGAAACUGUUUUUCCGUCCCCUCGGUGAAGACGUUUGUAGGGCUUUGUGUAGUCAAUUAAAAGUAGAUUUUAUGAAAGUCGGUGGUCUGGUGCAUAGAGAGGUGGGCUACUUAGGUGUUCCCUGCCUUAGCGAGAAAAUAGUUCCGGAUGGGAACUGCUUUUUCAGAGCUGUUUCUCAGGCUGUCAGUGGUUCACAGAAGAACCAUCGUAAGAUUAGACUGGCAGCCUGUAGAGAGCUAGAAAAGAAUGAGGCUAGGUAUCGGGGUCUUUUGAGGAGCGAAAUGUCUCUUUUAGAGUACAUCAAACAGUCCAGGAUGAAGUGUGUCAAGACUUGGGCCACAGAGGUUGAAAUCCAGGCCACUGCAGAUUAUUUAGGCAUUGACAUUUUUACAUUUCAUGAUGGUCGUUGGCUAAAGUAUCGUUGCAGCAGUAAGUGUUUGUCAGCGGACUGCAUUUACUUGGAGAAUGUCGGGGGCCAGCAUUUUGAGUAUGUUGUUUGUGCUUUAAAACCUGGCCUGCAAAGUUGUUAUGGUUAUUGUAAAUUAGGCUGGGAUAUAGGCUGUAGCACUAGGUCUUCAGUGAAAAAAGGAACGGGGCAGGCAGUAGAUGGGAUCGAUGGUCUAGAUUCAGGUAAAGAUUUUAUAGUGGAUGUAGAGGGCAGUACAAUAAGUAGGGAUUCUAGUGGGACAAAGUAUUUUAAGUGUAAGGAAAGACUGCAGGAUACAUUUAAUGUUAGACGUCGAGAGAGACGUGCCCUGUUAUAUAGGAAAAUGUAUAGUGAGGACUUGAACUUCAGGGAGAGCAGUACAUCACGAAGUGCAGACAAAUACAGAUAUAGCUCUGAGCACAGGUACAGGGUGAAAGCACGCAGUGUCGAGAAGUACAGACUAAAUUUGGAUCACAGGUUCAGUGUUAAGGCACGCAGUGUUGUGAAGUACAGACAAAAUUUGGAUCACAGGUUCAGUGUUAAGGCACGCAGUGUUGUGAAGUACAGACAAAAUUUGGAUCACAGGUUCAGUGUUAAGGCACGCAGUGCAGGGAAGUACAACGACAACAUUGAACAUAGGCAAAGGGUUAAAUUCAAGAGUAAAGUGGCGAGUGAAAUAAAGUACAGGGAAAAUUUAGGACACAGAGAAAGGGUUAAGCUAGGCAGCAAAAGGCAGUAUAGUGUUAGUUUAAAACAUAGGCAGCAAGUGAUAGCUCGUGUACAGCUGAGUCGGAAGCAGAGGCUGGAGAGGUCUGUAGAUUUUGGUUUUGUCAUGGAUAGUUUUUUGGAUAAGGUUAGACAUGGACCCGAUUUCGUGUGUAGUGUUUGUCAUAGGCUGCAGUUUAAAUAUCAGGUGCUGCCCUGUGAGAGGGAAGUAUAUGCAGCACGUUUAGCAACGGCAGGCAUUGCAAAUAAUUGCAUUAGUGAGCAUUAUCUGCAUAGUUGUGAUGAUAAGUGUGUUGAGCCCUGUCCCAUUGUUGUGUCCAGAGGUCAGUUGUGGAUUUGCGUUACUUGUCAUAGUAAGAUCAGUAAAGGUCAAUUCCCAGCUGAAUGUUGGAACAAUAACUUAGCUGUACACCCCAUUCCUCCAGAACUGGGAUGUCUGAAUAGCUUAGAGCAGCACCUGAUAGCUUUACGCAUCCCUUUUAUGAAGGCGUUGGCGUUGCCUAAGGGUGGUCAGAAUGGUGUACACGGGCCCGUUACUUGUGUUCCGGCCAACAUUGUACAAACCACCAAUGUGUUGCCGCGGUCCAGUAUGGAGGGGUCUCUGCUUCAAGUUAAGUUGAAACGGAAAUUAACCUACAAAGGACACUACGAGUAUCAAUUUGUUGACUCGUGGCGUGUCAGGCGUGCUAUAGAGUACUUAAAGAGAACUAAUGUCUUGUAUAAAGACAUUGAGUUCAACGAGGAAUGGUUAAAUGAAUUUUGUAGGGAACAAGGGGUUGUUGUAGAGGCUGGUCAGGUUAAGCAGGUUGUUGUUGACACACAGUCCAGUGAGGAUGAGGCUGUAGAGCAGGAAAUUGGGGCAGAAGAGGAAUCCGAAGACAUAGCACAAGAUGAAAUGUUACAUGACAGACAACAGCACUGCAUGUUUCAGGACACUUGUCUUAUGCCUGUUGAUAUCGGUCAGGAAGCAUUAGAUCAGUAUUUUGCGGAUGUUGUAUGUCUGGCCCCCGCGGAAGGUAAUAGUCCGGUUAGAAUGCUUUCUGACAAAUUAAAUGAGGCCAAGUGUUUCCCUGUGCUGUUUCCGACAAGCACAAAUACAUUCCACACCCGCCGCACGCAUCGCUUAACAUUGUCUCGCUACUUUAAUAAUCGGAUAAUGCACGCCGACGGCCGUUUUGCGCGCAAUGUGGAAUACAUAUUCUUUAGCCAGUAUAUGUCCGAAUUAGACCAAGUGAUAAGUAGUAUUUCGGUCGCCAUGCGUAAAGGUAAGGGGGGUCAGCAUUCUCAGCGGAUUUCCCCGGGCAUGCUCAAAGACGACGAGUCUCUGAAGCGCUUGCUACAGUUCGAUGACGGUUUUCGUUUCCUUCGGCCCAUUCGCGGGACGCCAGCUUUUUGGUCUUCCGUUCAGAAAGACCUUUUGGCUUGUGUCCGCCAAUUGGGGAUUCCUACAUGGUUCUGCUCUUUUUCUUCUGCUGAUUUGCGCUGGCAGAAUCUCCUUGCCAGCAUCCUGAGACAGGAAGGCAGACAGCAGACAGUAGAACAGUUAGAGUGGGCCGAUAGGUGCGAGCUGUUGCGUCGCAACCCGGUCACAGCCGCGAGGAUGUUUGACUACAGGUGGCACUGUUUUUUGAAGGAAGUACUCAUGUCCCCGUCUCUACCAGUUGGCAAGAUUGUAGAUUUCUUUUAUCGCAUUGAGUUCCAGCAGCGUGGGUCCCCCCAUGUUCAUGCGCUGUUUUGGAUUGAGGGAGCUCCCCAAAUUUAUAAAAACACAGAUGUAGAAGUUGCAGAGUUUGUUGAUAAAUAUGUGACAUGUGAGCUACCCUCUGGCGAUGACACACUAUUGGAAGUUGUGUCAUCGGUUCAAACGCAUUCAAAACGGCAUUCAAAGUCAUGUCGUAAAAAUAAAACGGUAUGUCGUUUCAAUUUUCCAAAACCCAUCUCUGCACGCACGUUCAUCUGCAAAAUCAAAGAAUGUGUUUGUCCUAAAAAGGGAACGGGGACAGAGGGUGAUCGCACUUCAGAAAACAGGCCAAAGUGCACCUGUUUUGAUGAUGAGGGAAGGAAGAUGCCAAAGGAGGUUGCGAAGAUGUUUAUGGAGAGAGUAAAGAAUGCCAUGGAGAGGGAGGAGCCUUUUGGUAGUGUAGAAGAGUUGUUUGCCAGUGUGGGCAUCAACCAGGAAGUCUUUGAGCUCGCUUAUAGGCGGCUGGAGACUAAGAAUAAGGUGGUUUAUAGGCGAGGGGUAAACGACACCUGGGUUAACCAGUAUAAUAGGAAUCUAUUGAAGUGUUGGAACGCUAACAUGGACAUUAGCUUUGUCACUGACGCCUACGCAGUCAUCAUAUACAUCAUAAAGUACAUCACAAAAUCAGAGACCGAAAUGGGUCUGUUAUUGAGCAAUGCCCUUAAGGAAGCAAAUAAACUAGGAAAUCUCUCUGCUAAAGACGCUCUAAAGAAACUGGGCAGUGUAUAUUUACACAACAGAGAUGUCUGCGCUCAGGAGGCAGUGUAUAGGCUAAUGAGCAUGCAUUUGAAAGAAUGUUCCAGGAAGGUCGUGUUUAUUCCAACAGGGAAUAACAUUGUGCGGAUGAGUUUACCCCUCAGUGUGUUGUUGCAAAGGGCUUCCUCAGAGGGCCUUAGGUCCGAAAACAUGUGGAUGACAAGCAUUGUCGAGAGGUAUAAGAACAGGCCCGAUAGUGUCGUGUUUGAGGAUAUGUGCAUAGCCACGUUUUGUUCGGAGUAUCGUAUUCUCAGCCAGAAUGAAAACUCGGACAAUAAAAUCGAACUUCAAGGGGGUUUAGGGUUCGUCUUGCGGAGAACACGAACGCAGUUUGCCGUCGUUCGCUACAUGCGGUUCAAAUUGGACAAACAGGAGGAAGCCCACUUUCAGAGUUUGCUGCAGUUGUUCCUUCCUUAUAGAACUGAUUUAGAGCUCAAGCCGGAAGGCUUUGAGUUCUACAAACAGUUCCACGAGGAAGGUAAUGUGACGUCGGCUGGCGGGACCGAGCGGCCAGUGCGAGACGUCGUCGAUGAAAACAGGGCAAAGUUUGAAGUGGACUGUCCUCGAUUAGAGCGUGCGCAGGAGAUUGCGGACCUGUUGGGCGGUGUCGACGAGGAUGCGUGGGGGGACCUUUGUCCUGAACAGCAAGUCGAACACAUGGAAUGUUUAGAGGAGAGGCGGCUGCAGCAGCAGGGGGAAAUUACAGACGAGCAGCUAGUUGAAUUGGAGGAAAAUGUCCCCGAUUUGUUUGUUGGUGGUAAACAAGUAGCUACAAUCGAGAGAAACACCAACAUUUUGCCUAGAAGGGAGGGUUUAGCUCUGGUCCAUUCUCUCAAUGAGACGCAGAGGAGCAUUUUUGAUCGGAUUAGGAAAUGGUGCCUAGAAAAGGUGAUGGGAAAAACCCCAGAACCUUUCCAUGUGUUCGUAACUGGUGGGGCAGGUACUGGAAAAAGCCAUUUGAUUAGAGCUAUCCAGUACGAGGCAGGGAGACUAUUGUCGCGUCUGUACCAACCAGAUGAAACCUGCGUACUCUUAACUGCUCCCACAGGCAUCGCUGCAUACAGUUUACAUGCAGCCACAAUUCACCACACCUUUAGUAUUGGCAUGCAGGUUAGUUUACCGUAUAUCCCUCUGGGUGAAGAUAAGAUAAACUCCUUGAGGGCUCAAUUUGGUCACCUACAAAUUCUAAUCAUUGACGAAAUCAGUAUGGUAGAUCAUCAUCUUUUAGCUUAUGUGCAUGGCCGGUUAAGGCAAAUGAAACAGACGGGGGACUUUUCUCCAUUUGGCAACGUUAGUGUUGUAGCUGUUGGUGACUUUUAUCAGUUGCCGCCCGUUAAAGGGAGGCCGCUGUACACCUGUCAGGUGGGUGUGGACCUCUGGUGUCAUUUUACAAAGGUAGAACUACAAACAGUUGUGAGGCAAAAAGAUAGUGUCUUUUCUGAGCUGCUAAAUAGACUUAGAGUUCGGUCAAAGGAAACCCCCUUAUCGCAAAGCGACGUCGAUAUCCUCAAGUCUCGGGAGACGGGGGAACAGAGCGCUGCUUUGCAUAUUUAUCCCACGAAUAUGCAAGCCAGCGAGCAUAAUCUGAAGCGGUUAUUCGCAACCUGUCCAGAUUAUGUUACAAUUGAGGCCCAAGAUUUCAUUAACAGUAGGAAGACGGGUGAAUUAGAGCGCGUGGUCGGACAUCACGGUAAAACGUCGUACACGUGUUUGGCCAAGAGUUUGUGUUUGGCUCCGGAAGCACGUGUCAUGCUUUGUAAAAAUGUUGCUGUGGCAGACGGUCUGGUCAAUGGCGCAUGUGGAACGGUGACUUAUAUUCAAUUUGGAGCAGAUGAAGACUUCCCCCUCGUAGUCUAUGUUAAAUUUGAUGAUCCUAAGAUAGGCUCACAAAGGAGAAAGGAACGUUCCCAUGCUGCUGUAGAAUGCCCGCAUUCUACUGCCAUUGACCCCGUGGAGGAUUCGGCGACUAAACGCGGCGGUUUGCGUCGUCAGUUUCCUCUUAAACUCGCGUGGGCCUGCACUGUUCACAAAGUGCAAGGUCUAACUGUCGACGAGGCUGUCGUGUGUUUACACAAGAUUUUUGCAGCUGGGCAGGCGUAUGUCGCCCUCAGUCGUGUUAGGGAUAUAUCCGGCCUUGUGAUUACAGAAUUUGAGGAAAAGGCCAUUUACUGCAAGCACACCGUCAAGGGGGCAUUGGAUAGCAUGCCCCCAUUCCUAAUUGAACAGCCACAGCCUUCAUUAGAAACUCCCAGUUUCUCUGUGUAUUUACUUAACGUCCAAAAUUUACGUUGCCACGUCGCUCAUUUGGUGUCUUGUACGCAGCAUUUACAGCCUACCUGUAUUGCUGUCACAGAGACGUGGCUCAGUGCACAAUCCUCAACAGACUGUGUCCAAAUACAGGGAUACACUUUCCACAGUCGUCCUCGAGCCUUGUGUUACAGCAGCAAUGAUGUCAAAUUAUCUGAGAUUAGAGAUCUCGAACAUGGCGGAGUGGGAUUAUAUGUUGUAGAUAAUUCGGACUGUGAGAUUCUGCAGGUGCCCGAUUUAAAUCUGGAGUGCUUGGUGUGCCUGUUUACCAAAGAGAACCUUUUGAUGGCAGUAAUUUAUCGUCCGCCAUGUUAUCCAAUUUCACUUUUUAAAUCCAAUCUGGUUAAGUUACUUGAUUGUGUAAAUCCCAUCAGUAACACAAUUGCUAUAAUGGGCGAUUUUAAUGAAGACCUCCUCAAACAUUCAUCAAUUUCUAAAUUAAUGGGCCAAAAUGGAUUUUGCCAGCAUGUAACACAAGAGACUACAGAGAGUGGGACAUUAAUUGACCAUGUUUAUGUCAAAACUACACAGUAUGCUGUGGAUUGUGCAGUGGUGUCCACUUAUUUCAGUGACCACGAAGCCAUCCUGUGUGGUUUUCGUGGUCAAGAUGAAGGUGAUACAUUUGAUUUGGAUGUCUUGUUUGCAGAUAGUUUUGCUGACGAAGAGGGUCCCUAAACAUCAUCACAACCGUCAACCCCCAAAAUGGAUUAACUUGCUGGAAUACAAAAGACCAUAUAACAUGCAUGUGGAAAAAGUGCAAUAUAUUUAUCUGUACAGUACCGUAAUCUAUUUAUUUAUUAUACAUAUAUUUAUAUAUUUUUAUAUAUUUAUUUAUUUAUACAUGCACCUUAUUGCAUUUUUAUCCUGCACUGACAGGGAAAACUUCUAGUUUGUAGAUGAUAAUGUAUUACUAGAUUUGAUGUAGAAAUGUUUUAGUUCGGUGUUAGUAUAUCUUGUUGCCAUGUCUUGUGAGCAUGUUUUCUUUAGUUAUGUUGUGUUUCUUUAAAACGCCACUGGUUCCUGUUUUUUCACCCUCUUGUUUUGUUUCCCUGUCAACUCAUUAGUUGCACCUGUUUCACGUUUUGGACUCAAGCACCUGUCUCCAUGUCAUUAUUUACGCCUGGUUUUUCUGUUGGUCCUUCUGGUGUCGUCGUUGAUUUUUUUCAUGCUGUUUCAUGCAAUAACUCUGCUCUUCUCAUGCUGCAUGUCUUUUGUUGAUUCAUAGCCACAGUUAGCGACUUUUGUUUCAUGUCUAUAGUUGAGGCUAUGUGUUACUUUUUUUGUCUCCGCCUUGUGCGCGCCUUUUCUUUGCACCCUUACCUUCACGCCACGUACCGUCACUUCACUUUGCAUGCCGGAAUAACAUACCUCAACCCCAGUCCUCGCUAUGUCCCUGGUUUUUCUGUUGGUCCUUAUGGUGUCGUCGAAUUUUUUUCCUGCUCUGUUCAUGCUGUUCCAUGCAAUACGUCUGCUCUUCUCAUGCUGCAUGCCUUACCAAGUAAGUUUUUUUUUUUUUUUUUCAUAGCCACAGUUAGCGAGUUUUGUUUCAUGUCUAUAGUUGAGGCUAAGUGUUAGGUUUUUUUUUUACCUUGCCUUGUGCGCACCUUUUCUUUGCACCCUUACCUUCACGCCACGUCCCGUCACCUUCCUUUGCAUGCUGGAAUAACAUACCUCAACCCCAGUCUUUGCUAUGUCCCUGGUUUUUCUCUUGGUCCUUAUGGUGUCGUCGCUUUUUUCCUGCUCUGUUCUUGCUGGGUUUGCAUGCCGCUUUGCAUGGCUUUGCAUGCCUGGGGGACAAUGGAUCAGCGUUCACGUCGCGUCCCCUGUCAGUACCCACGUUCACCGGGGGAAACCAAUGAUCCUACCUGUACAUGUUUAUAUUCUCUCAGGGACUGUUGUUUGCUUGUCUUGUUUGUAUGGGGUUUAAAUGUACAGAUGCCGGGAUACAGACAAGGUAGGUAAUGUGCAGGUAAUGAUAUAUUGACUGGGUGACGGCAGGAAGCACCAGCGUGACCCGAGGUUGUAGAGCAAG